AUGGCGGCAGAGAAAUCGAGGCCCUUUACUCCAGUAGCCGCACCUCGCUUCCCGACCUAUCACACCGCCUCGGACCUCCCCCCUCAAGCUCGAAUCAUCUGCGAGAUUCUUGCCACCACUCCGGUUCACGAAGUCGAGGCUCGUCUAGCCGCUGCCCAAAUUCAGUUGACGCCUGAGAUUAUCCCGCGAGUCCUGAAAUUGUCGUACAACAAUCCGUCGACUGCCGCCAAGUUCUUCCGGUGGUCGGGGCUAGCACUGCAGCACACAGGAUAUUCGUGGAAUCUGAUGGUGGAUUUACUCGGGAAGAAUCAGCUUUUUGAACCUAUGUGGGAGGCAAUUCAUUCUAUGAAGAAGGAGGGCCUGCUCUCCUUGACGACUUUCGUUUCCGUCUUCGAGAAUUACUGCGUCACAGGGCGGUUUGAUGAGGCGGUUAUGACUUUUGAAGUCAUGGAAGGGUAUGAUGUCCAACCUGAUACCGUUGCAGUAAAUUCUCUAUUGAGUGCCAUGUGUAGAGAAGAAAACCAAACAGUGAAAGCACUCGAGUUCUUUGAGAGAAUAAAAGCAAAAAUACCUCCAGAUGCGGACUCAUUUGCAAUCUUGUUGGAAGGGUGGGAAAAGGAGGGAAAUGUGGCCAAAGCAAAAUGUACUUUUGAGGAGAUGGUGAUUUGUGUGGGUUGGAGCCCGCAAUAUAUGUUUGCUUAUGAUGCAUUUUUGAAUACGCUUGUGCGCGGAUCAAAUGCCGAUGAAGCAAUCAAGUUCUUGCACAUUAUGAAGGGGAAGAAAUGCUUGCCAGGUUUGAGAUUCUUCUCCAAUGCACUAGAUAUUUUUGUGAAGCAGAAUGAUUUGGCUCAUGCAGUUGCAAUGUGGGAUGUAAUGACGGGUGGCGGGGUAUUGCCUAAUCUGAUGAUUUACAAUACCAUGAUUGGUUUGCUAACCAGAAAUAAUGAUAUUGACGGUGCCUUUCGCCUCCUUGAUAGCAUGGCAUACGAUGGUGCUUUUCCCGACUCCUUGACAUAUAAUAUGAUUUUUGAGUGCUUAAUCAGAAAUAAGAAGGUCCGUGAAGUGGUAAUGUUCUACAAUGAGAUGAUCAAGAAUGAGUGGCCACCUACCCCACAAAAUUUCACUGAUGCCAUCAAGAUGAUGUUUAGUGGAGAUGAUCCAGAGAUGGCAGUUGAGAUGUGGAAAUAUAUGUCUAAAAACAAUAUAUCUCCCCGUGACGAUAGCGCUAAUGCUGUGCUUCUUGGAUUAUGUAAUUUAGUAAGACUGACAGAUUUAAGAAGGUUUGCCGAGAAGAUGAUUGAUGAAGGAAUCAUAAUAUGUGAAUCAACAAUGACUAAGGUGAGGAAUGCUUUCUUGAAGGAGGGAAGAAGUGGACGUGAAACUUAUGACCACAUUUCGAGCAAGUGGAAAUCUGCAUAUCUUAAGACUUAGUCACCUUUUCUCUAUAGCUCCAUAAUGCUUGAUAUUGCCUUUAUGAUCAGAAAAAGCUCUGAAUAGAUUAUGUUUUUCUGUCUUUGAGCAAUGAAUAUUUUGCUCUCUUCUAUUUGACGAGCACUGAGUAAUUUUCUUUUUCAGUGUACUUCUUUUCCUCUUUUAUUCUGGUUUUUCUGUGUUUU